UGCUUAACCUCACAAUUACAGCCCAUUAGACCGAAAUGAAUGCACCAGAACGCUUUGAAAUGUUUGUGCUCCCGGAGGGGGCCAAGAAAAUCGACAUUAUCAAAGACUCGAAAAUGCCCAACUGCAUCCAGUUCAACAUUCAAAAGGAGGACCACACAAUCGCAAACAUUCUGCGGUACAAGCUGCUCAAGAACCCGCAUGUGAUCUUCGCCGCGUACCGGUUACCGCACCCGCUCGAAUACUACGUUGAGAUCAAGGUGCAGACAACGUCCGAAGUCACGCCCAUCUCAGUCAUGAAGGAGGCGAUCCAGUCGCUGGUCAGAGAGUACGGAAACAUCCGUGGCAAGUUCGAAAACGAGCUGUAUCGUGUUGAUGCGCCGGGUGCUGACGGUGGCAGGGCCAAUGCGGGUGCGAGCGCAGGUGCUGCGUACCGGGGGUUCGGUGCCAUGGACACAUCGGCCUCCGAGUUUGGCGCGCCCAGCGCGAUGAGCAGCGGAGCCCCUACCGGCAAUGAGCGCAAUGACGAUGUUGAUAUCGAUUUCUAAUGCCAGCAUGCCUGCAAUAUAUUGGUAGUGGUCUUAUUGCUAGAAAACUAUGUCUUUUUGGCAGAUG